AUGCUGCCGCCAGGACUGCGGGGCGGCGGGCUCACCCAAGGAGCCCGGCCCGCAGAGCGCCGCGCAGGGGCCGAGUUCGAGGUGCGGAGGCGGCAAGCACCGGGCAGGGCCCGGAGCCGGGCAGACCCUCGGCGCUACGGGCCUGCGCCGCCCUUCCGCGCCUUCGCGGAAGGGAACCGCGCGCACCGCUCGCUGCAGCGGUCGUCAAAGCCUAAAAGGCAUUUCCGACGGCGACCACCCAACCUGCAGAUUCGAGCCCCCGGUAGAGACUCCGAGGACCGGAGGCAGGACGACACCCAGCGGAGGGACGAGGCGGUGGGCGACGCUCGUCAGGAAGAAAACAUACAGAGAACAGUGGUCAGCUGGAGGGGAGCGGUGAUUGAGCCGCAGCCCGGCACCGAACUUCCUUCGAGAAAGGCAGAGGCCCCCCCCAAGCCUUCGUCACAGGCCCCCAGGAUUCAGAACCAAGCAGCUUCCCCGAACGAGCGUCAGAGGGCCGUGAUCGAUGCCUUCCGCCACGCGUGGGCCGGGUACCGCAAGUUCGCCUGGGGCCACGACGAGCUGAAACCCGUGUCCAGGUCCUUCAGCGAGUGGUUUGGCCUGGGCCUGACGCUGAUUGACGCCCUGGACACCAUGUGGAUUUUAGGUCUGAGGAAAGAGUUUGAAGAGGCCAGGAAGUGGGUGUCUAAGAAGCUGCGUUUUCAGAAAGACGUGGACGUCAACCUGUUUGAGAGCACGAUCCGCAUCCUGGGCGGGCUGCUGAGCGCCUACCACCUGUCUGGGGACGACCUCUUCCUGAAGAAGGCCGAGGAUUUUGGGAAUCGGCUCAUGCCUGCGUUCCAGACGCCCUCCAAGAUCCCCUACUCCGACGUGAACAUCGGCACCGGGGCCGCCCACCCGCCCCGCUGGACCUCGGACAGCACGGUGGCCGAGGUCACGAGCAUUCAGCUGGAGUUCCGGGAGCUCUCGCGCCUCACAGGCAGUAAGAAGUUUCAGGAGGCUGCGGAGGAGGUGACGAGGCGCGUCCACUCGCUGUCGGGGAAGAAGGACGGACUGGUGCCCAUGUUCAUCAACACGCACAGCGGCCUCUUCACGCACAUGGGCGUGUUCACAUUGGGCGCCAGGGCCGACAGCUACUACGAGUACCUGCUGAAGCAGUGGAUCCAGGGCGGAAAGAAGGAGACGCAGUUAGUGGAAGACUACCUCGAAGCCAUCGAGGGAAUCAAGAGGCACCUGCUGCGCAGGUCUGAGCCCAGGAAGCUCACCUUUGUGGGGGAGCUCGCCCACGGCCGCUUCAGCGCCAAGAUGGACCACCUGGUAUGCUUCCUGCCAGGGACGCUGGCUCUGGGCGCCCACCACGGCCUGCCCGCUGACCACAUGGAGCUGGCCCGGGCGCUCAUGGACACCUGCUACCAGAUGAACCGCCAGAUGGAGACGGGGCUGAGCCCCGAAAUCGUGCACUUCAACCUGUACCCCCAGAGCGACCAGAAGGACGUGCAGGUCAAGCCAGCCGACAAGCACAACCUGCUGCGGCCCGAGACGGUGGAGAGCUUGUUCUACCUGCACCGCCUCACGGGGGACCCCAAGUACCAGGACUGGGGCUGGCAGAUCCUGCAGAGCUUCAACACGUACACGCGGGUCCCCUCGGGCGGCUACUCCUCCAUCAGCAACGUCCAGGAUCCCCUUAAUCCCCAGCCCAGGGAUAAGAUGGAGAGCUUCUUUCUGGGGGAGACGCUCAAGUACCUGUAUCUGCUCUUCUCCGACGACCCAGACCUGCUCAGCCUGGACGCCUACGUGUUCAACACCGAGGCUCACCCCCUGCCCAUCUGGGUCCCGCCUAGGGGGGCCUGACGCCCCUGUGGGCAGUGCCUCAGACGUGACCCAUCCCUGCUGUGAUUCAGGGUUUCCCGUCCACUGGAGGAGGCUUCUUCCUUCUUCCUGUGAAUCUUGAAUCAUGUUUACAUUCCGAAUACCCGAACAGCUUCCCGUCAGCCGGUGCCCGCGCUUCGUGGUGGUCCCUCGUGCCUGGUCGUCUCCCGGGGCGGCGCUGGGUCCCCCACAUCGUGUUCGGAGACAAGAGCUGAAGGGACAGCCCGACAUGCGGCUCAGCCUGGGGUCAGAGCCUGCGACGUGCCCCGACCCGAGGGUCCGGGGGGGGCGCCCGUGACCCCCUGCGCAUCCGGGCACCUGGUGGGUGGGCUGUGGUGUUUACACGUUGGACUCAGGGAUCCUCCCCUGGCCCUGCAGGGGCUGGGAGGGGCGGGUGGGCGAGUUCGUCCUGCUCCUGGACCACCUGCUAGAAUGGACCAUAAAGUAGAUUUGUGCUGACGUCA